AUCCAAUUCAAUAAAUACGUGUGUUAGAUGGGUUUAAUGACGUGGAAUAAAAUAAAACACUAAUUUUAGAAUAAAUGAUUAAUGAUGGUAGACUUUAUUGACGUGGACACAUUAGCAUAUACCUUUUUGCCACUAUAAAGAACCCAAUUCAUGGCUCUCCAAAAUCGUGUACAAUUAAUUCAUUUCUAUAGUGAGAGAGUGUGGGGGUGAUUUCCCAAUUACGUACAACUCUCACAUAUACAUUCACACUUCAAAAAUUUCAGUUCCCAAUAAAAAAAAAAAAAAAAUCCAUGAGGAUCACAACUUUUAAAUGUGUACGGCCAUGCACCUCAUCAAAUCCCACACCCCACCACCAGCACCACCACCAGAUUGGCGGCGCCACCAGCACAACCUAUAAGCCCGCCAAAUGCAAGAAAGCCCUCGCCCCCACCACGGUGAAAGCGCAAGCCCCCGCGAUGAAUCGGAAGAUGAUAAAAAACUCGAUGAAGUUUGGCGAGAAUUGGACGGACUACCAAGGGGGAAAGAAUUGGGAAGGGUUGCUCGACCCCUUGGACGAGAAUCUACGCUCGGAGAUCAUACGGUACGGCCACUUUGUCGAGGCGGCCUACCGCUCCUGCGACUUCGACCAGUCGUCCCCUUCCUAUGCGACUUGCCGCUACACAAAGCGGAAGCUUCUUAAAGAAACGGGGUUUUCCGACACGGGCUAUAGAGUCACCAAGUACCUGACGGCCACGUCAGGUAUACAGCUCCCAGGGUGGGCCGAGCGCGGCCCACCCUGGAUGGCUGUCCAAUCCAGCUGGAUCGGGUACGUCGCUGUCUGUCAGGAUCGGGAGGAGAUUUCUAGGCUCGGGAGGAGGGAUGUUGUGAUUGCGUUACGUGGCACGGCGACGGGGUUGGAAUGGCUCGAAAAUUUACGGGCAACUUUGACCCCGUUGUCUGGUUCGGAUUCGGGUUCGGGUUCGGAUACCGAGCCGAUGGUGGAGAGUGGGUUCUUGAGUUUGUAUACUUCGAGUGUGGGGAACCGGAGGAGUUUGCAGAGUAUGGUGAGGGAGGAGAUAGGGAGGGUUUUGGACAAGUACGGCGACGAGCCGCUGAGCUUCACCUUCACCGGCCACUCACUUGGGGCGGCGCUGGCCACGCUGGCGGCGUACGAUAUCAAGAGGAGCUUCGUCAACUCGCCGCUGGUGACGGUGAUCUCCUUCGCCGGGCCGCGCGCGGGGAACUGGAGAUUCCGGUGCGGCCUGGAGGAGCAGGGGACGAAGGUGCUGCGCAUCGUCAACUCCGACGACGUCAUUACGAAGGUGCCCGGGUUCCAGCAGGAGUCCCGGGCGCGGCCCGGCGGCAGUUACACGGCGGCGGCGGCUGCCAGCUUCGCCGGGUGGGUGCAGAAGCUGGUGGAGGACACGCAGUGGGUGUACGCCGACGUAGGGUGCGAGCUGCGGCUGAGCAGCCGGGACUCGCCGGACCUGAACGGGAUCAGCAUUGCCACGUGUCACGAGCUGAAGACGUAUCUCCACCUGGUUAAUGGUUUUGUCGGGUCGAACUGCCCAUUUAAAGCCACUGCGAGAAAAAUGAUGUGCACAAAGUGAAAUUUUAAAUUAGCUUAACUUAAUUAAUUAGUACUAA